AUGAUCACAUUACUUUCGAAUACAUGUUUUUGUGUAGGCUAUUUUGAAGCUGCGUUGAACCAUAUAAAAAUGUUUUGUUUUAAUAAUGAAUUAUCCAGAAAAAGCGAUUCAUCACGAACCGAUAAUUUAAUUAUUUCAGAUUUCUUAUUACAUAGAAGUAUCGGAGAAUUGCAAGUAUCGUCAGAGAUUAGUUAUCAAAAUAAUAAUAAUAAUAAUAAUAAUAAUAAUAAUAAUAAUAAUAUUUAUAAGCAUUUUAAUUGA